AUGCCUCACCACGAUGCAGCAGGCGCUGCUGACACUGGACUUGAAGGGAUCGGUGCCGUGACUCCCGCCGUCUGCGGAUGGUUUCUCGAACAACUGACACCGAGCAAGCCGAACUAUCUGAUGGAGCAGCUCAUUGAGGUGCUCUUUCCGCGGGCUGGGCUGGACAGGCUGAUCGAUCCCAAAAGCACCCCAGAGUCUACCAGCGCGUCCAAAGCUCAGUCGCCCAAGGAUCUCAGCGCGGCCGUUUUAAGCCGGCUGCGUCUUGGUGUAUUCAAAGCCGAACCCCUGCGCUCUAUCAACCGACUCAUAGCCCAGGGCAAGUUUGUCAAGUCGCUCCAGUCCGAUGCAACUGCAGUGCGAGACAUUCUGUCCACCAUGACGGAGGAGGCCCUCGAGAUCGGCAGUCCGGAUCUACUGGCCCGCGUCGCCAUUCGCAUCGACACUACGCAACAGGAGCUGUCAGACGCUCUAGUGGCAGUCCAAUCACUCCAGGCAUUAGUCCGUAUCGCCGAGGAUCCAGAGGAUGUCCCUAUCAUCUACGGCAAACGCUACCGCACGAUCCGCGUGAUCACGCAGGCGGACAAAGACUCUUGGAUUGCGCAGAUGGUCAAAGAGGGUAUAAGCAAGGAUAAUGCCCUCAAGGCGUACGACUUUGCGGAGCGCAUCGAUUGCUAG